GAAGCAAUUAGAAACUUUAAAAAAAUGUUGCUGCUCGUGCUACUUUUUCUUUUUUUGAAAGCUAAUUCUGAAACUAGUUUUCAAUACUUGUUAGGAGCUGUCGUGAAACAUUAUAAAUUUUGUGGUGAACUUAACUGCACAUUCCAUCACCAUGAAAUCACUACUGAAACUCUGAAAUUCUUUCCAAAAAACUGCACCUCAAUCUGCGGAAUUCUAGUUUUCAAUGAAAACUUUGAUGUGGACCACGAGGAGCUGAAGCUUCACUUUCAGAAUGUCACUGCAAUAUAUGGAGCCUUGCGCCUGGAAAACUCGCAAAUAAAAAGCUUUUCCAUUUUCCAAGAGAAAAAACCAAUUAAAAUGUUUUGCGAUUUCCGGCGGUAUACAAAAAACUCUGUGGACGGCGUGAAAAUUGUGAACAAUUCACAACUAACCGAUUUGGAGUCAUUGAAAAACUUUGAAUUGAUACAGGACUAUGUUGAAUGCUCUUUUGAAGUCCAGAACAACAAAAUGUUAGACGCGAAGGAGCUGUGCGGACAUGGAUUGAUGCAGAACAUGGUGAUCAGAGGAAAUUUGAGGGAUUGCGAAUGUCGUGGGGACCUAAUCACCUCUGAAAACCUCCAUGAGUACGCCAAAUGUCGAGUGUUGUACAAUGGACUCCGCCUCACAAAGCAACACUUUCCGGACAAUUUCUCCACUUUCUCAAACGUCCACCUUAUCGAAGGAAACGUGGAGAUUUCAAACACCAACCUGAAAAGUUUGUCAUUCCUUGCAAACUUGAGAUUGAUCAGGUCGGUGAAUAAGAUUGCGAGACGCCAAGUGUCGGUGAACAUCAGAGACAAUCCGAAUAUGACACAUCUAAGAUUACCGCUGCUGGAAAGAAUUGAAAAUAUGCUCAGUGGUGCUUUGAUAUUCAAUGUGGAAAACGUGCACCCUGACUUUUGUUUCAAUGUCGACGAACUACAUAUGCAUCUCGACCUUGAAAUCCAAUUUCAAAAUUUACACGCAACAUAUUGUCCUGACUUUGAAAAUUCCGGCCGGAUUCACAGAGCUUGUAAAUUCCAACAAUUGAGCUCUCUGGAGAAGGGCUGCACGGGAAUUUAUGGAGAUAUUGUUGUAGAUGUAAACGAUGGGCGCUACUUGCAUAAGCUGUUCUUGCUUCAGUACUUGUACGGGUCGCUGAAAAUUCAGUAUAUGAAGGCUGACGGAUUGGACUUUUUGAGUUCCUUGAUUUACAUUGCCGCCUUGGAUGGGACCAGGCCUGCAGUCUUGAUUCGGUCCAACAAGUAUUUGAAGCAAGCGGCGAUACCUAGGCUUUUGACCAUCAUAUCCACCUACCCGGAACCUGUGGUCCUCUACGACAACCCCGCUUUGUUCAGCGAUAACGAUCAAUGUCUGAUGUACAGAGUAUCCUAUUAAGCCAAUGUGAAAGUCAGCGCUGGUUGUGAAACAACACCGUACGAAGAACCUGACUACGAAGACAAUUUUCCCUGAAAACACCCAUUUUCCCUAGAGGCUUGUCCUUUGAAUAAACGUAGUUUGAUUCU